CAUACUGUCUUUCAACGGCGCCUCUGGUAUCAGCUGUUUCUCGGCAACUCAGUGUACGUUUCCAAGAUGCUUAAUAUUUCGAGGAAUACUGCUCGUCUCUGCCAGGCUGCUGGGCGCCGAUUGCAGUCAACUCUGGUGGUCGCCGAGCACGAUAACAAGACUGUGACGCCCAUUACCCUUAAUGCCAUCUCUGCUUCCAAGAAGCUGGGAGGGGAUGUGACAUGUCUGGUGGCUGGCACUAAGUGUGCUAAUGUCGUGGCCGAACUGUCCAAAACUUCGGGUGUGAGCAAGAUUCUUGUGGCGGACUCGGAAGCUCUAGUGGGCUUCAUGCCUGAGUACCUUACACCUCUGAUCUUGGCCACUCAAGAUCAGUUCAAGUUCACUCAUAUUGUUGCUGGUGCAUCGGCACAGGGCAAGUCUCUGCUACCACGAGUUGCUGCCAAGUUGGACGUUUCACCGAUUAGUGAUAUCAUUGAGAUCAAGGCUCCUGAUACUUUUGUCCGCUCAAUUUAUGCUGGUAACGCCCUCUUAACGCUUAAGAGCAAGGAUCCCAUCAAGGUGAUCACUGUGCGGGGGACCAGCUUCGAGGCAGUUAGUCUUGACGGUGGAAAUGCUGCAAGUGAUGAGGUGGCUAUGCCUGAUGUCCCAGCGGGUAUAUCCGAGUUCAUUGGUCAGGAACUGUCUAAAUCUGAUCGGCCAGAAUUGACUGCUGCUAAGACCGUUAUCAGCGGAGGUCGGGGGAUGAAGAAUGGUGAAAACUUCCAACUCUUGUACACUCUUGCUGACAAACUUAAUGCAGCUGUAGGAGCUUCCAGGGCAGCUGUUGAUGCAGGUUUUGUUCCUAAUGACAUGCAGGUUGGUCAAACUGGAAAAAUAGUGGCCCCUGAUAUGUACAUUGCUGUUGGCAUCAGUGGAGCUAUCCAACACUUGGCUGGAAUGAAGGAUUCAAAGACUAUUGUUGCCAUCAACAAAGACCCCGAGGCCCCCAUUUUCCAGGUUGCUGACUUUGGUCUUGUGGCAGACCUCUUCAAAGCUGUUCCAGAAUUAACAGAGAAAGUUUAGAUGCAGUAUGAUCGUGAAUGCUCCAUGCAAUGACUAACAACAACAAGCCGUGAAGAAAAUUUUUCCAAGAUCAGCAUUCUAGAACAGCAAAAUGAUGUUAUAGAAUGUUUUACAAAGUUACAAUAAUAAUACCUACACAUAACACACUCAUUUUGGACAAUUAUGAGUUUUGUUAUGAAAAGUGUACAGUACAUAUUUGUAUAUAGAUUAUUAAGUCUGGGAACCCCUGCCCUAGUAUUGUGUUUGGGCAGUGAGGAUAAGUAAUUUAUACAGAACAGCCUCCAUUCUUUGUAAUGAUGACUAAUAAACUUAAUGGGAAAUUAUGUCUGUGAUGGCAACCUUUCUUUGAGAAAUUAUUCUGCCAUGAGAAGGUCCACAUAAUUUAACCACCAAAUGCCUCUACACCUUCACAUGUCAGACACUAAAGCAAUAAAUUAGGUCUAAAACCCCACAUUAUUUAUUGCCUAACCUCUUAGAGGACAACUUGGAUAAUGCAAAUUACAUGUGGUAUGAGGAGUUUGUCAUUAUGAAAGUUGCUGCUCUGAUAAUGGAAGCUGUUCAUAAUAUUGUAAAGAAACCCUUUUCCAUGUAUGGUUUCAGUACCAUGUGAAUCAAUGCAAUACAUUUAUAUUUAUAGUUUACAUAAUAAAUAUAAUCAACUUC